CCGGUCAUGCCAACCUACUUGCCGAGGCUCGUCAGAUAUUGCCGAGAGGCUGCUGCCAAACACGUGUAGCGGCCAAUUUCGCGAAAGAGGUGCCGCUCCAAAGGGAGAGAGAACAGCAACAGCAGCAGUGGGGAAAAUAAUUGCAGUAGCAGCAGCAGGCUGAACGGUUGCUGCUUCGGUGGUAACAGCCGGGAGUGGCAGUGUGCGUGAUGCAACGGCAACAGCGCGGGAAGACCAGGGCCGCUUCCCUCCUGCUGCUCUUCGCCCUGCUGUUCACCACCACCCCUCGCGUCACGCCGCGACCCGUUAGUCUGGUGCAGCAGGAGGCGGACGCGCCAGCCACCUCAUCGGUACGAAACAAGGGCCCCUCCGCGGCAGCCGCCGCGUCCCGAAAGAAGCCCCAACGCACCACCAAGUCAGCCUUCCCCUCGGCCGCGGCAGCGGGCGGAGAGAACCAAGUCGAAGAUGCUGCCGUGUCGUCCGUGCUCCUGUCCUCCGAGAUCGGGGCCUUGCUCUUCGAACAACCUCCGCCGCUUGGGGACAACGCUCUCGCCCUGGUCGGGGAGCAGCAGCAGCAGCAGCAGCGGCGGCGGCAACAGCAACAGCAACAGCAACGGUCAACCCUCUUGAUCGCCGGGACUGUCGACGGGCAGGUGCAUGCCCUGGAGCCGUCCACGGGGGGCCUGAGGUGGUCCUUCGACACGGGAGAGCCGCUGGUGAAGUCCUACCAGCAGCUGCCCGGGACCCUCGACGAGAAGAAGUGGCUCAUCCCGACCCUGGACGGAUCCAUACUGGUGCACACGACCCAGGGCCUCCGGCGGCCGGGCCUCAAGGCCCGGCUCCUCGUGGAGCAGACGCCGUUUCUCGAUCCGAAGGGGAUAUUCUACACGGGCUCCAAGGUAUCCCGGAUAUUCGGCGUCGACGCGCGCACCGGCGAGGUCCGCCAGGUCCUGUCCGGGGACACGGCGGACAGCCUAGAGAGCAACCGCCGGCUGCUGGCGCGGAGCGGCAGCGACGACGACGUGAUCUGGAUCGGCCGGAACGAUUACACGAUCCGCGCGUUCGACGUGCCGACCGGGCAGGAAGAGUGGAACCUCACCAUCGGGGAGUUCGUGUCCCUCGACGACCUGUACCUGGCGGCCUCGUCGGGGGCCGGGAGCAGUAGGACCCGUGCGGAGGCCGCCAGGGCCGCCGCCGCCGCCGCCGCCGCUCUCUCCGAGCCGGUGCCCUCGCUCACCGCCACUGCAGACGGCUCGCUUCAAUCGGUGGAGGCGGGGAAGGGAGGCAACGACAACCAUAUCGGAGGGAUUUCCGCAGACCCCGAGUGGGAUGUGCGGCUGACGGCCCACGUGGCCAGCGUGUUCCGGGUGUCGCUGGAGGAAGGGUCCGUCCACACGUACCUCCCCAUGCAGCAGAUACCACUGUCGCAAUCCGCCGGCGCCGGAGCGCCGGUCGUCGGUAACGGGAGCGGAGGGACCGCCGCGGUGGGGAUUCUCGAGAACGACCAGGUGUACGCCGUGGCCCUCGGUGAGCACGGCGGCGGCGGUGGCGACGGUGGAGAGGACGUCGGCGUCGGCUGGGGGCCCGGGGGCCACGGGAGCCGGGGAAAGAAGGGCAGCAGGGCCGGGGAGGGGAAGGUGACCCACGGCGGGAGGACCACCGCGACGCAGCCUCUAUUGCCGCACGGGGGUGACUGGCAGCAGCAGCAGCAGCGCGACGGAGGGGACAGGCCGGAUGCAGAUGGGGGCGGAAGCGGAUCGAGCUCCUUGGUGCAGAGCUGGUCAACGAAGGGCACGCCCCAACACGCAGCAGUAGUGAGUUGCCCGCCGAAGUGGUGCCAGCCGGGGCACUCAGCCUUUCCGAGUUGCCUGGUGGGGGUGCACACGGUCCAACAAAUUACGGGAGAAGAGCAGGCACGCUUGUCGCUCGGCAUGGGCUCGCAAGCAGGCGGCAGCACUGCUCUCGACGGCGGUGGCGGUGGAGGUGGCGCAGGCAGCCACGACCCUAAGGGGGUCAGAACGACCUCCGGGUACAUUGGGCGCCUCCCCCGCCCUUCGUCCCAGGGGAACGGCGCCGGCGACGACCUGAACUACCUGACCCUGGCCAACGCGUCGCGGGGCCCACUCGAAUCCCUGCUGGGCUGGCUCUACCGCGGGUGGAGCUUCGUCUCCCUCCUGCUGCUCGCCGUCGUGGUGGCGGUCGUGGUGGACUCUCGGAGGGCGGCCCAGUACCUAAAGCGCGCCGGGCUCGGGGGCUACCCGCUGUACAGCGGUGGGGCGGGCGGUGGCGGGGUGGGCGGAGAGUACGACCCGACCGCGGACAGCGGCAUCAGCGGCGCGUCGGAAGGGUCCGCUUCUGGUGCUGCGGGGGGAGGUGGCGGCGGCGGCGGCGGCUCGCUCGUGGCUGCUGCUGGCGGGGUGAGGGGCGAGGUCCGGGUGGGAUGCCUGACCGUGUCCGACACCGUUCUGGGGUACGGUUCUCACGGGACUGUCGUCUACAGGGGCCUCCUGGAGGGGCGCCCCGUGGCAGUGAAGAGGAUGCUAACUGACUUCCACGCCCGCGCGGAUCGGGAGAUCAGCUUGCUCAUAGAGUCCGACGGGCACCCGAACGUGGUCCGGUACUUCGUCCGGGAAGAGGCUGGCGAGUUCGUCUACCUCGCGUUGCAGCUGUGCCAGCAGAGCCUGCACAACGCCAUGGCGCAGAUACACUCGGUUCUGGCCCAGUCCCGCCGGAAGUUGGAGCACGAGAACGGCCGCUCCGGUGCCCCCCGCGUAGGCCUCGGCAGGGCGCUGACGGCGGACGACGUGAGCGCGCCCCGAGAGCUGAGAGAGGCGCUGCUGCAGGUCAGCCAGGGGGUAGAGCACCUGCACAGCCUGAGGAUCGUUCACAGGGACCUCAAGCCACACAACAUUUUGCUCGCAGCUGUGGAGCGAAAAGGACCGGGGCUGGGCAGAAGAUCGGUGGGAGGACAGCAUGCGGAAGGCGGGGAACGGGAGGGGGUGGGGGACGGAGACGGGCCUCAGGUAGCCCCCAAAAAGCUGUCCAACAUGCAAGAUUUGGCGAAGUUCGUGCUCAAGAUCUCGGACAUGGGGCUUGGGAAGCAGUUGGUGAACGGGCAAAGCAGUUUUGGCAUGUCCUCGUACGGCCGUGCACCGGGGGGAAGAGAUCACGGGCAGGGCGGCGGCGGCGGCGACGCCGCCGCCCGCGCCAGAGCCUCGAACGCUCAGGCGUCCUCGUCCGCAGGCGGGCACGUGGGCAGCAUAGGCUGGCAGGCGCCUGAGGUUAUCGCUGACCGCGUCAGCCUGGAGGGGGGGCAGGGCCCGCUGACGGCCAUGGGGGGGGGGGCAGAAAGCUCCUUGUCCACGUCUCGAUCUGGGUCCGGUGCGAGCGCUUCGUCUUGGGCAAUGGCCGGCGGCCCUAGCUUGUCCUCCUCCCGCCGCACGCAGGCGGUCGACGUGUUCUCCCUCGGGUGCAUCUUCCACCACUGCAUCGUCCCUGGCUCCCACCCUUUCGGGCAGUGGUACGAGCGAGAGGCCAACAUCAUUCAGGAUAAGGCUAGCCGCAUCACGGAACUGGAACACGUGCCGGACGCGCACGACCUGGUGUCUCUGAUGACGGCUAGAGAGCCCGACCUGAGGCCGUCGGCGGGGGAGGUCUGCAAACACCCGUUCUUCUGGAACGAAGAGAAGCGGCUGUCGUUUCUCUUGGAGUUCUCCGACAGGCUAGAGCAGGACGCCGUCCAAUCACCCCUCCUAGUGAUGGUCGAAGCCGGGGCCCACUCGGUCGUGGGGCGUUCGUGGGACGUGCGCCUCGACGCGGAACUGACGGAAGACGCCGGGCGCUAUCGCAAGUACGACUUCAGCAGCGUGCGUGACCUGCUCCGCGUGGUGCGCAACAAGCGGCACCACUUCCACGAGCUCCCGGAGCGGGUCCAGGCCAUGAUGAGUCCCCUCCCCGGAGGCUUCCUCAGAUACGUGGAGGAGCGGUUCCCUCAGCUGUUGAUGCACUGCGCCAAGGUUACGGGGUCCCUCCUCACGGAGGAGCGCAUUUUCAGGGAUUACCUCGUGCACUUCCGCCGCCCGCAGCCCCCCGCCGCCGCCGCCGCCGCCGCGCCGUCCGGCACGACGCAACCAGGCACGCCCAUGGCGGCGGCACGCACUGCCUCUGCCAACGGAUCGGCAAACAAGCCUUCGGCGGCACCCAAAGAGGCGGUGCUGGCCACAGGCGGGAGCGGAGCGACGGCGGCCGGGGCGAGAGGAGGAGUACCAGCCUCAGGCGGAGGAGGCGCGUCUGAGGCACCACCAGCGGACGACGCCGGAGGGAAAGGUGGGUCCGAUCAGCCGGGCACCGAGGGGGAGCGUGCUCGCGCUCCUGUCGAUACGGCGGCGCUGCCCAGUGGCGGCGGAGCGGCUGCUGCUGCUGCCGGCGCGGCGUCGUUCACCUCGCCUGGGAAGAAGUCGGCCAAGACCACCCCUCGCAGCGGCAGGAAGAGCUACACUGCGGGCGGUGCGGAUGGGGCAGGCGGGGACGGCGGGGUCGGAGCAGCAGCGGCGCGGGUGACCGAGCAGAACGGUCCCCGGGGGGAGGGAGCGCUGCAGGACGUGCUCGUUUGGAACGAGUCCGGCAUGGCGAAGAGCAUGGGCUGCAGAGGUUGGUGGCGACAUCAAGACCACUGGCAGCGCCGGCUGGACGUGACGAAGCAGCGGCCUCGUGGGGCGCACCUGAACAAGGCUCUUCAAGACCCCAAGUACCGGACUCGUCUCUGCAGCCACUGGGAGAACAGCAAGGGCAUGCUGUGCCCAAUGCGUCGACGUGGCGCCGGCAAGUGCGACUUCGCUCACGGCGGCCUGGAGCUCCGCGUGCGCGCAAACAAGCGCGACCGGUGGGGCCGGCACGUCGGGGGCUCGAACCCGCUGGACGGCGGCGGCGGCGUGAACGUUAACCUCGACGCCUCUGGCGGAGAAGACACGCUGGGAGCCGCCCGGUCCAUCGGACGUAUCCGGGUCGAGAACGGCGAGAAGGAUGGAGUUGGCGUUAUUGGUGGUGGAGGCGGGGGCGGGGCCGGUGGGGCAAGGCAGGGAAAACGGAACAAGGGCGGCGGCGGCGGCGGUGGCGGCAGCGGGGGAGGAGCUACGGACAGGUCUGGCCCGAGAGAUCGAGAACCCAGGGCGAACGGCGGCGGCGGCGGUGCCGCUCCUGCUGCGAACGGGGGGGGGUUCGUCGGCCCUUCGCGCGAACGCGGCAAGAACCGCAGCCGGUCUCCGGGGGGAGGGCGAGGAGCUAACGGCGAAGCGGCCGGCCGGGAGGUGAGGCCGCCGGCAGUCGUCGCGGCGGAAGGCGAUGCCGCCUGGCCGCCGCUGGGCGCCUCCCAGGCAGAGCGACCCCCCCCGGCAGGGUUGCAGGGCCAGGGGCAGAGGCCACAGGAGCAACAACGGCCGGCGAGCGCUGGGGACAGCGGCGGCUCUUCUAGUCCCGAGUCGCGGGUGGGCCAGGUGGUGUGGCUGGUCGAUUCUGGUGCUGCGACUGGGGGGGGAGCGUUCGCGCAAGAGGGAGGAGUUGUAGCGGACGGCUCGGGCGGGCGCGGUCUCACUCGACCGGCGGCGGCGGCGGCGGGCGGCGUGGCGGCGGUGACUCGAGGCGAGCGACCGUCGCCCGCGGAACGAGGAAACGGAAAGGAGGGCCGGAAGAAGGUGGUGGCUCGAGAAGACGGUGUUCGGUGAACCAACCACCUAACCGAACGGCCGGGCAUUGUUUGAUGUGUGGGCUUUUGUUUGGAAGUGUGCUUUCUCGCCGGUCUCCCCUUGUCGGCGGUGUUUGAUGAGUCGGUCGGUGGUGCUCGUUGGGUGUGGCCAGGGCUCUGACGCCAGGGGCAAGGCCAGGGUGGGCAUGGGUGUUGCUGGUGACCGUUUCGUGCAACGGGUUCUGUCGAAAGAGUGUGAGUGAUGGUCUGCCGGCUUUUUUGUUUUGUGCUGUUUCGUGCUGUUUCGUGCUAUUUCGUGCUUGCUUGAUUUCCGCCCCCCCUGACUGUUGUAUCCCUGUCUCCGUCGGAGGCGCUAGCGUAGCUUGCAGGUUCUUUGGUUGGUGAUAUUUUCCCCUGUAUUAUGUAUAUAUAGUUCCGGAGGAUGUGUAGAUAUAUCCGCAUGUACUAAGUGAACGUGUCUCGAAACAAGGGAGUCUUGAAAGCGAGCCUCGAUAUUUCCUCUGCCUUCCCGAGCAAUGUGCAGCUUGGCGUAUUUGACCUUCACGAGUAAGGAAGUGAUUCGCGGUGCAGCGCCAGCCAUCACAUCUACGGUUCACCUUCCCAGUAAUGGGCACAUGUAUCCCGCUGUUGAUUCGGUUCGGUGAAUUGUUGAGAAGGUAUUCGGGGGAAGUGAGGUCUUGCGGACCGCCACUCGCACCACGACGAGACAUAGUAUCAAGUAGGGGGGGUUGCGAUACGGUGAAGGUGGGUAUCCGGUCUUUUAUUCUUUUGGUGUACUCUAGGUGUAUUUCUCCCGUCGGUUUCGUGGCGCAAUGUGUCUCGCGCCUUCGGUUAUAUUGUUGUUCCGCUUUUUGUGUCCGCAUAUUGAGUGCAGA